AUGCCCCGACUGGAUACGAAGCGGUCCAACAAAAUGCGCCCUAAAAAGAAUCGACAAUUCUUGCAAUAUAAGUCAAGAGUAUUUAAACAAAGUAUGCUUCACUAUCAUUAUAAACAUGAUACAAGUGACUCUCAAUAUACAGGGUUGACAUGGAUUGGUCAACGAACCGGAUCUGCGAUCGUAGAUUGUUUUGGAGUUACACGUGACCCAACAGGAUGCUACAUGUUUGUGACCAAAUUUUAUGAAUAUGGAAAUUUACAAGAAUUUCUUACUAAAACUAUGGGAUGCCUUUGUUGGAGAGAUAUAAUAGAUAUGCUUUGGGGAAUGAUUUCUGGAGGCCUUGAACGAAUUCAUGAUAAUGGUUUUUAUCAUGGCAAUUUACAUUGUGAAGCCUAUUCUACAUUAAUGAAACGAUGUUGGGAUGAAAAUCCCAAAAAUCGUCCAAAGGCUGUUGAACUAAGUGAUAUUUUAUGUAACUGGGUAACAGCCAUAAGUGAUAAUAUUGAAUCAACACCAAUUUCAGAGCAAUUUGAUCUUGCCGAAGAAAAAAGAUUUGUGGACCUGAUAAAUAAGACAUUUACCCAACCUGCAAUUCAUAAUGGAGCGAUAUACAUUAGUCGAUUAUUAGAUUUCCAAUCACUCCACGAAGACGCCCA